AUCUCCACCACGAACUCUCCAAGCUCUUCUUCCUCCUGAGCACUCUAGCUUCACUGCAUUGCUUUGCAGCAGCAACAGAAACAGAGAGAGAGAAAUACACUAGCUGAUUGAUCCAGUGGAAUUUGGUAGCUGUGAUGGCGAAGAAGAUCGCGCCGGCGGCCAACCUGAAGCAGAUCCUGAGGAGGUGCUCGAGCCUUGGGAGGAGGCAGCAGCAGCAGGGCGCGGUGCCGAGGGGCCACUUCCCGGUGUACGUCGGCGAGAGCCGGUGCCGGUACGUGGUGCCCAUCGCCUGCCUGGAGCACCCGGACUUCCUGCUGCUGCUUCGGAAGGCCGAGGAGGAGUUCGGCUUCGAGCACGACGCCGCCAUCACGCUUCCCUGCCACGAGGCCGACUUUGAAGCCCUCCUCGCCGCCCUGACUGCCUGAGUGACCGUUCAAUCGAUGAGGCGAUCGACCACUUACCCGGCCGUCGUCGUUGGUGGCUGCCGCUUCCGGCGCACGGUGCUGCAGCAGCUGCCCGGUCGCUCGGCCGGGGCACCAGAGAUGCACGCACACGCAGUGGCAGUACGGCUGGCAUUGGUUGGAGCUUGGUUGUGUAGUGUAGACCGGAAAUGCAAACAUGGGAGUUCCGGCCGGAAACCGAUCAAUCACCGGGCGGGUAGACUCUGCUUCAGCUGCCCGGUGGCCGGUGGGGGUUCCGGGCUUCUUGCUCGUGGGAUUCUUUCACGAAUUCUUGCCGGUUCAUGCAGCAAAAUUUGCUGCUUUUAGCUAGCUAUCUAGCUUAGUGUACGUACGCGCGUAUGUAUAUAAUGCGGAGACCAAUUGAUUGAUUUGUUCCUCGAAUGGUUUUGAUCAAAUGAAGGAGAACACCAUUGCUCACCUCAGGCGCGCACUGCCUGAUGUGACCUUCUUGAUAAAA